AUGCCCGCGCCUGGCCGCGUCGGCCGACGCGUCCUCCUCCUCCUGGCCCUGCUGCUGCCAUUGGCGCCCCCGGCCCUCGCCCCGGCGCCCCCCGGACCCGCCGCCGCCCUGCUCCAGGCUCUCGGGCUGCGCGACACACCCCGAGGUGCCCCCAAGCCCCGGCCGGUACCUCCCGUCAUGUGGCGCCUGUUUCGCCGCCGGGACCCUCAGGAGGCCAGGGUGAGCCUGCGGCGGACCUCCCCGGGGGCCACCCUCCGACCCUGCCACGUGGAAGAGCUGGGGGUCGCCGGAAACAUCGUGCGCCACGUCCCGGACCGAGGUGCGGCCGCUCGGCCCCCCGAACUCUCCCCGGCCGCGGGGCAGUGCCCCGAAUGGACCGUCAUCUUCGACCUGUCGGCUGUGGAACCCGCCGAGCGCGCUAGCCGGGCGCGCCUGGAACUGCGCUUCGCAGCGGCGGACACCGAGGUGGCGGGCGGCUGGGAAUUGAGCGUGGCGCGGGCGGGCGAGGCGGCGGGCGCGGGCCCCCGGCCGGUCUUGCUCCGUCAGGCGGUGGACGCGCUGGGGCCACCUGUGCGCACCGAGUUGCUGGGCGCCGCCUGGGCCCUCAACGCCUCGGCGCCGAGCAGCCUCCGCCUAACGCUGGCGCUGCAGCCCCGGACCCCUGCCGCCUGCGCGCGCCUAGCUGAGGCCUCGCUGCUGCUGGUGACCCUGGAUCCCCGCCUGUGCCAUCCGCUGGCUCGGCCGCGGCGCCAGGCCGAGCCCGCGGUGGGCGGUGGCCCCGGGGGCGUGUGUCGCGCUAGACGGCUCUAUGUGAGCUUCCGCGAGGUGGGUUGGCACCGCUGGGUCAUCGCGCCGCGCGGCUUCCUGGCCAACUACUGCCAGGGCCAGUGCACACUGCCAGCGGUGCUGCCCGGGCCCGAUGGGCCGCCCCCGCUCAACCAUGCCGUGCUGCGCGCCCUUAUGCACGCGGCUGCUCCGGGGGCCCAUGACCUGCCCUGCUGCGUGCCCGCACGCCUGUCACCCAUCUCCGUGCUCUUCUUCGACAACAGCGACAACGUGGUGCUCCGGCACUACGAAGACAUGGUGGUGGAUGAGUGCGGCUGCCGCUGAGCUGGCAAGGGUCAGACCCACAAUAAACACCCUGGUCCGUCUAGCCUCCUUGAUCUCGUCACCUGGGUGUGGGUGGAGGAAGGGGCUGUCUCCACCACGGGCUGCCAGCUCUCCAAGUGACACCCUGUCCACCCCGCCAGGGUUGAGUUCCUAGAGCCCACCUCCAGAUCUCCCCAUACCCAACACAGGGGACUUUAGGCGCUGUUCCCACCUGACACCCACCACCUCUUUGACUCAUGGCUGUUUUCCAAGUGACUCCCAAGUCCCGCACCCUGCAACCCGGCCCCCUCCUGUCAUUUAUCCAGCCCCAGUGUGAAUGCAAGAGCUGUUUAUUAAGAUUUUAUUGGUGACAAAAGAGCUUAAAACAAAUUGACCAAAAGUCAAGUUACAUUGCCUUGGUACAGAUGCUCCUCGGUCCAGAAACUUAAAAAGAGUACCCGCUGCUAGGAAGGUGGACAGGCAAUCGGCACAAGGCGAGGCAAAGCAUUCCAAGGAACAGGGCAGGGGCACAGGCAGCGCCCCCGGGUGCAUGGCACAAGUGUC